UUAAAUAUGGGGUGAAGAUUCCUGCAGCUUAACACAAACAUUUCUCAUCAGUGUGAGAGUUGCGCUCCAGCACGUCGUGAUGAGUUGGGCCAUCAGCACUCUGGCUGUCGGGAUUGUCACACUUUUGAUUUUCCAGAGGAAGUUUUACCCUUACUUUUGGGAUGAUUUAAUGUAUUACGUUAAAGUUCGGAGAGUGGGGAGGGCGAUGAUGGCCAGGAUGAAGCGCGGGGUUGUCACAUAUCUCCAGUGCUUUGAGCUUCAAGCCUCAAACAUCCCGGAUAAGCCUUUCAUUGUUUUUGAAGAGCAGACUCUCACGUAUAGAGACGUGGAUGUGCGGAGUAACAAAUUAGCAAACGUCUUGAAAUCUCACCGUGGUCUGAAACACGGUGACAUUGUGGCGCUUCUGAUGAAUAAUGAGGCGGAUUUCAUCUGCGUUUGGCUCGGACUUUGUAAACUGGGCUGUGAGGUCGCGUUUCUCAACUUCAACAUCAAAUCUCAGUCAUUGCAGCACUGUUUGGACAGCUGUGGAGCUAAAACGCUCGUUAUUGGUUCAGACUUGGUAAAAUCUCUGGAUGAGGUCCUGCUGAUGCUGACAAAGGGUGGAAUUGAAAUUUGGGUGGCAUCAGAGAGCUCCUCACACCAGAAUGUCAAGACGCUAUUGGACAAGCUGGACUCGACCUCUCCUGAGAAGCCUGAGGUUGAUGUCUCUCAGCCAAACCUCAUGUCCAACUUCCUGUUUAUCUUCACAUCUGGCACUACAGGACUACCUAAAGCUGCUCGAAUCAGUCAUAUCAAAGCUGUGAUGUGUAUGGCCUUCCUCCGUUUGUGUGGUGCUUGUGCUGAUGAUAAAAUUUAUCUGACGUUGCCGCUCUACCACAUGUCUGCAUCUUUGCUUGGCAUUGGUGGCUGCAUUGAACUCGGGGCAACGUGUGUUUUGAAGAGGAAGUUCUCUGCCAGUCAGUUUUGGAAGGACUGCCUGAAGUAUGAUAUAACUGUGUUUCAGUAUAUUGGAGAACUCUGUCGAUAUUUGGUCAAUCAACCCAAGACUGCAGAGGAAGUGGCUCAUAAUGUUCGCCUCGCAGCAGGAAGUGGACUUAGGGCUGAUGUUUGGAAGGAGUUUAUCAGAAGAUUUGGAAAAAUCCAAAUCCGUGAAGCUUAUGGCUUGACUGAAGCCAGUAUUGGCUUUGUAAAUUACACAGAUGAAAUUGGACCGAUUGGGCGAGCCAGUUAUUUUAAUAAGCUUAAUCUGCCUUUUGAAUUUUUAAAAUGUGAUCCACAAACAUAUGAACCCCUAAGGACCGACACCGGACACUGCAUGAAAGUGAGUAAAGGGGAAGCAGGGUUACUGGUGGCUCCAGUAAUCUUCAUCAACCCUUUCCUGGGUUAUGCGGGUGAUAAAGCCAUGUCAGAAAAAAAACUGCUGAGGGACGUCUUUAAGACAGGAGAUGUGUAUUUCAACACAGGAGACCUGAUGCUUCAGGACCACAGAGAUUUCGUCUACUUCAAGGACAGAAUUGGGGACACAUUCAGAUGGAAAGGGGAAAACGUCUCUACCACAGAGGUUUCUGAAGUGUUGGGCAGUCUGGACUUCCUGUUGGAUGUCAAUGUGUAUGGUGUCACUGUGCCAGGUUAUGAGGGUCGAGCUGGAAUGGCCGCUGUUGUGUUGAAAGAUUCUCAUGGAUUGGACGGAGAGAGGAUCUACAGUCAUCUGCUCAACACUCUUCCUCCUUACGCAUGGCCAUGGUUUCUAAGAAUUCAGACUUCCUUAGACAUGACGGAUACAUUCAAGCAACAGAAGGGAAAACUGGUAAAUCAAGGCUUCAGUCCAGAUACUGUCCAAAAGCCAGUCUACUUGCUUGAUACUUUGCAGAAAACCUACAUCCCCCUCACAGCUCAACUUUAUGAUGACAUUGUAUCUGGCAAGAUGAGGCUUUAGGUGCAUUACGGGCAUUGUGGUGAGAAUCUGGUCACAUUGCCAGAUUACACAUCCUACAGUUACUGGAAGUUAUCCCUGUUUUUGUAUACUGCACAUACAAAUGGAAAUCCAUAUGUGCAGUACAAUUACAGUGAAAUUUAUGUGGCAUUUUAGAUGCUGGUUUGUUUUUAGUGUUUUAAUUACAUAGUUCAGUAGGUGUUGAUAGGAUGUUUAGCCCAAACUGGAAUGACCAUUUCUUUGACAUCACAACAGAUAAUGAACUAAUAUAAUUUAAUAAUUAUUUAAUAUUUUAUAAUAUAGUUAUUACUAUUAGCAUGUUCUGAGGACUUUUUUCAACUUGUAACUUUUCACUUGUCUUAUUAUUAACCGUAAAGCACAGAAAGAGUUUUAUAUUUAUUUAUAAGAAUAUAACAGCAGCUUAAUAAAUGUUUUCUGCUUGGUGAUUAUGUAAAUUCAUGAAUAGAAACUAAAACCUAUGAUUGCUUACAGAUCAUCCAUGGGAUAUUUAUGUUAAUGCUUUUAUUUCAGAGAAGGUUUAAAUUGGUUUCGCCAUUUCAUUUAUAUUGAACUGCAUAUACAGUGCUUCUGAAAAGUAUUCAUAGCGCUUCCAAAAUAGAUAAAUUCAUUUUUUCCCUUAAUUCUACACACAAUACCCCAUAAUGACAAUGUGAAAAAUUUGUUUUUUUCGUAAUUGUUGCAAAUUUAUUAAAAAUGAAUAGCCUGAAAAAUCACAUGUACACAAGUAUUCACAGCCUUUGCUCAAUACUUUGUUGAUGCACCUUUGGUAGCAAUAACAGCCUCAAGACUUUUUGAAUAUGAUGCCACAAGCUUGGCACACCUGUCUUUGGGAAUUUUGGCCCAUUCCUCUUUGCAGUACCUCUCAAGCUCAAUCAGGUUAGAUGGGAAGCCACGGUGUACAGCCAUUUUCAGAUCUCUCCAGAGAUGUUCAAUAGGAUUUAGGUCUGGGCUCUGUCUGGGCCACUCAUGGACAUUCACUGAGUUGUUGUUAAGCCACUCCAUUGAUAUUUUGGCAGUGUGGUUUGGGUCGUUGUCCUGCUGGAAGAUGAGCCUGUCACCCCAGUCUGAGGUCAGGAGCACUCUAAAGCAGGUUUUUAUUCAGGAUGUCUCUUCAGGAUUCAUCUUUCCCUCUAUCCUGACUAGUCUUCCAGUUCCUGCUGCUGAAAAACAUCCCCACAGCAUGAUGCUGCCACCACCAUGCUUCACUGUAGGGAUGGGAUUAGGGAUGGUACCUCCCUGACUAAGGCCUUACUCCCCCGAUCACUCAGCUUAGAUGGAGCUUUCAGAGCAGCAGAACUUUUUCUGUAACCUUCCCCAGCCUUGUGCCUCGAGCCAAUCCUGUCUCAGAGGUCUACAGACAAUUCCUAUGUCUUCAUGUUUGGUUUGUGCUUUGCCAUGCACUGUCAACCCUGGGACCUUAUAUAGACAGGUGUAUGCCUUUUCAAAUCAUGUCCAGUUAGCUAAAUUUACCACAGGUGAACUCCAAUUAAGCUGCUGAAACAUCUCAAGAAUGAUCAGUGGAAACAGAAUGUACCUGAGCUCAAUUAAGAGCUUCACGGCGAAGGCUGUGAAUACUUAUGUACAUGUGAUUUUUCAGGUUUUAUUUUUAAUAAAUUUGCAACAAUUUCAAAAACUUUAUUUUCACAUUGUUAUUAUGGGGUAUUGUGUGUAGAGUUUUGAAUAAAUAAAUGAAUUUAAUUAAUUUUGGAAUAAGCUGUAACAUAAAAAAAUGUGGAAAAAGUGAAGCGCUUUGAAUACCUUCCAGAUGCACUGUAUAUGUUAUGCAAUGAAAUUUGUGUAGUUGGACAGUAUAAUAUUUUUAUAUUAUAAAUGGGUCUGUUCAUUCUGUCUGCUGUUUGUUUGACUAUGUAGUGCUGGUCACUGGAAAUCCUAAAGGAUUAUUCUGGUAUUUUUGAUAAUGCAUAACAAAAGUGUGAUUGUUAUUCUUUUGUCAGCAUCUCACUUACAUUGUAAUAAAGCUUUUUGAUUAUUAUUGUUCACUUGUUUAGAUUUAAGCUGUUUCUGUUCACUUGUUUAAGAGCAGCAAUGCUUAGAAACUUGGAUUUCCUCUACAUAUAAUGUUAAAGUGAUAGUCCAUCCAAAAAUCCUCAAGUUAUUCCAAACAUUUAUGAGUUUCUUUCUUUAAUUGAACACAAGUUAUUUUGAAGACAUAUAACCAUUCACUUCCACAGUAUUUGUUUUCUUACAAUGGAGGGCGAUGGUUACAGGUUUCUUUUGUGUUUAAUAGAGAAAACUUGGGGUGAAUAAAAUAGGAUAAUUUUCAUUUUUGAGGGAACUAUCACUUUAAAUGUCAUUACGUUUAUUAAAAACUUGCAAAGGCUGUUGCAAACCACAAGGGGGCAGUGACAAUCUUGCACAUGUAUAAAUGUUGAUUAAACAAGUAAGUGAUAUAUAGCCUAAUAAAUA